AGAACUGCACUCUUCUCUCUAUAUCUGAGUAGUAACUGUCGACUGGAGAUUACAGGAAUGCUAAGCACCUGAAGACGCGUAUCGUCACUGCACAAGCGACGUAUUAUCGUCGUUGAUCGCCGUCAGCUACCUCUCGAUGCGCCAGACCACCGAGCUGCUCGUCGGUUGUGUGCUCAAGGCCAAUGUCGAAAGUUGCCCUGUAUACCCAUAUAGAUGGCAUUCGGCAACUUCGCACAAGUCGAGUAGAAAUCGAGAGGCAAACAUGACACUGAGUGCGCGACGCCAGUAUAAUCACCCACGGUGGCACAUGUUAGCCAGGCAGCGAAUGACGGAAGAGAUUGAUGUCAUAUCCGAGCCAAGUGAGUCCGCUCAGGAUUUAGUAGAGGCUCUCCUGCGGUGCUGAGCUUACGUCUUAGGGUGCUGAAGGCCUACGCAAAACGGCUGACAUUCGCGCGAUCAUUGGCCACAGAUCCUUGCGAACAUUGCC